ACGUUGACAAAAGGACGGUCUUGGAGAGAUAACGAAAAGCAUGUCGAGCCGCAACACAAUAUCACUCAUAAAGUUACUCGCUUACUGUGAGUAGUCUUCUCUACCUCCAUGCCACCGCAAGGUGAGGACGACCAAAGAUAAAGCCAAAGAGACCAGCGGUCAAACAGCACCAGGACGCUCUCCGUUGAUCGGCUUCUGCAUAUUAGUCCAGAGAUCUGGCCAGACCUGGAAAUUUGCUGCAAACAUGAGCACCACGCGUCCCACAAAAAAGAUGGAGGACGAGGCCGUGCUGGACCGCGGGGCGUCCUUCGUCAAGCACGUCUGCGACGAAGAGGAGGUGGAGGGUCACCACACCGUGUACAUCGGCGUGCACCUGCCCAAGAGCUACCGGCGCCGACGCCACCACCGGCGCCACGCGGGCCACAAGGACAGGAAGGAGCCGUCCAAUGAGAACCCGUCUGACAAGUCGGACACGGAAACCAACGAGCAGGCCAGCCGCAGCAUCCUCAGACCCCUCAUCUCGCCGGCGGCCGAGCGGAUCCGCUUCAUCCUCGGGGAGGAGGACGACGGCCCCGCGCCGCCCCAGCUCUUCACGGAGCUGGACGAGCUGCUCUCCGUGGACGGCCAGGAGAUGGAGUGGAAGGAGACGGCCAGGUGGAUCAAGUUCGAGGAGAAGGUGGAGAAGGGCGGAGAGCGCUGGAGCAAGCCCCACGUGGCCACGCUGUCCCUCCACAGCCUGAUGGAGCUGCGCACGUGCAUCGAGAAGGGCACCGUCAUGCUGGACAUGGAGGCGUCCACACUGUCCCAGGUGGUCGAGAUGAUCACGGACAACCAGGUGGCCAACAACAUGCUGAAGGCAGAGCUUAAGGAGAAGGUGACGUACACGCUGCUGAGGAAACAUCGCCACCAGACCAAGAAGUCCAACCUGCGCUCCCUGGCCGACAUUGGCAAGACGGUCUCCAGUGCAAGUAGGCUGUUUUCCAACCAGGAGAACGCCCGUAGUCCUCUGGGGAACUCGGUGACUUGCCUAUCGGGUCGCAUCUCUAUGGAAGACUUACAGCUCCCCAGGAGUCCCAGCAUGGAUUACCUUAGCAGUCCCACCCCCACACACCGCAACCUGACGUCCAACAGCAUGAACGAUAUCUCAGACAAGCCCGAGAAAGAUCAGCUGAGGAACAAGUUCAUGAAGAAGUUGCCCAGAGACGCCGAGGCCUCCAACGUGCUGGUGGGCGAGGUGGACUUCCUAGACGCCCCCUUUGUGGCGUUUGUCCGCCUGCAGCAAGCUGUGAUGCUGGGGGCCCUGACGGAGGUGCCCGUUCCCACAAGAUUCCUAUUCAUUCUCCUUGGCCCCAAAGGCAAAGCAAAGGCAUAUCAUGAGAUUGGAAGAGCCAUCGCUACUCUCAUGUCGGACGAGGUGUUUCACGACAUCGCCUACAAGGCCAAAGACAGAGGGGACCUGUUGGCCGGCAUCGAUGAGUUCCUGGACGAGGUGAUCGUUCUGCCCCCAGGGGAGUGGGACCCCGCCAUCAGGAUAGAGCCUCCAAAGUCCAUCCCGUCCUCUGGCAAAAGAAAGAAUAUGUUCUCCGGAGGGGACAACUCCCAGAUGAACGGGGACAUGCCUCACGACGGGGGCGGAGGAGGAGGUCACGAAAUAGGGGAUGAACUGAAGAAGACCGGAAAGUUUUGUGGCGGUCUCAUAUUGGACAUCAAGAGGAAAAUGCCGUUCUUCGUCAGUGACUUCACGGACGCAUUCCACAUUCAGGCCCUGUCGGCCAUUCUGUUUAUUUACUUGGGCACUGUAACAAACGCCAUCACCUUCGGUGGUCUGCUUGGGGACGCCACGGAUAACAUGCAGGGCGUUUUGGAGAGCUUCCUGGGCACAGCGAUCGCCGGGGGCCUGUUCUGUCUGCUUGGGGGACAGCCGCUCACUAUUCUCAGCAGCACGGGCCCGGUGCUGGUGUUUGAACGGCUGCUUUUCAACUUCAGCAAGGACAACGCCUUCGACUACCUCGAGUUCCGGCUGUGGAUCGGCCUUUGGUCAGCGUUCUUCUGCCUGGUGCUGGUGGCCACCGAUGCCAGCUUCCUGGUGCAGUACUUCACCCGCUUCACCGAGGAGGGCUUCUCCUGCCUCAUCAGCUUCAUCUUCAUCUACGACGCCUUCAAGAAGAUGCUGAAGCUCGCCCACCACUACCCCAUCAACUCUGAGUUUAGAGCCGAUUACGUCACGCAGUACGACUGCCUCUGUAUGGCCCCGGCCAUCCUCGAGAAUAGUUCGUUUGAGAUCCCAGAGUCGCUCGAUGGCUCUUCAGUCUGGUUAUGGAACAAUACUGAGCUGCCCAUGAACGCCACGUGGUCGUCCCUCAGCGAGAAGGACUGCCUGAAGUACGGCGGGGAGCUGGUGGGCAAGGCCUGCGGCUUCGUGCCCGACAUCACCCUCAUGUCCUUCAUCCUGUUCUUCGGCACCUACUCCACCUCCAUGUGUCUGAAGAAGUUCAAGACCAGCCCCUUCUUCCCCACCACUAUGAGGAAGCUGAUCAGUGACUUUGCGAUCAUCUUGGCCAUUCUCAUCUUCGUCGGGGUUGAUAUGCUGGUGGGUGUGGACACCCCCAAACUCAUUGUGCCAAGCGAGUUCAAGCCCACGAGUCCCAAAAGGGCGUGGUUCGUGCCCCCCUUCGGAGGGAACCCCUGGUGGGUGUACCUGGCGUCAGCCCUGCCCGCCCUCCUGGUCACCAUCCUGCUCUUCAUGGACCAGCAGAUCACCGCUGUCAUCGUCAACCGGAAGGAGCACAAGCUUAAGAAAGGUGCUGGCUAUCACCUGGACCUGUUCUGGGUGGCCGUCCUGAUGAUCGUGUGCUCCUUCAUGGGACUGCCGUGGUACGUGGCGGCCACCGUGAUCUCCAUCGCCCACAUCGACAGUCUGAAGAUGGAGACGGAGACGUCGGCGCCCGGGGAGCAGCCCAAGUUCCUGGGUGUGAGAGAGCAGAGAGUCACAGGCCUGUGUGUCUUCCUCCUCACCGGCCUGUCGGUCUUCAUGUCUCCUAUUCUCAAGUUCAUUCCCAUGCCUGUGCUGUACGGAGUCUUCCUCUACAUGGGCGUGGCCUCCCUCAAGGGCGUGCAGUUCAUGGAUCGUCUGAAGCUGCUGCUGAUGCCGGCUAAACAUCAACCAGACCUGGUGUACCUGCGGCACGUGCCGCUGAGGAAGGUGCACCUGUUCACCUUCAUCCAGAUCCUGUGCCUGGCGCUCCUCUGGGUCCUAAAGUCCACCGUUGCCGCCAUCGUAUUCCCCGUCAUGAUCCUGGCUCUGGUGGCGGUGAGGAAGGCCAUGGAUUACAUGUUCUCUCAGCACGAGCUCAGCUUCCUCGACGACGUCAUCCCGGAGAAGGACAAGAAGAGGAAGGAGGACGAGAAGAAGAAGAAGAAGAGAGGCAGCAUGGACAGUGACGUGGAGGAUAGGGAGAGAAGUCCCCGGCUUUCCUUGACCGGCACACUUCGUGCUGAGCAGCUGCGGUAUUACCAGUCCAAUUGUAAAUCCAGCCCUGAGUUGCACCCUCUCAACUGCGUGCCUCAGAUCAGGAUAGAAAUGGACCCCGACGACGAUGACGACGACGAAGACAACGGAAUCUUCUGGAAGACCAGAGGGUCUGAAACAUCACUGUAGGGCAGAUGGCUGCCCAUUAGCCCUGUCUUUUUAUUUUGUCUCUUGAAAUGUUUUCAAAUAACACAACCAUGGUAGAACGUUAACACUGUUUAUGAUACGGGAACGCACAAAUGAUUGGAGGAUAUAAUGGUUUAGCUCCACUUUGAAAUACUGACGAAACCCUUUUUUCCAAUAAGGGGGGACUCUAUGUGACUUUAGGAGCCAUGAGUCAUUUUUCACUAUUCUGGAGUCUGCGUUGCCACCAACAGAAACAAUGAGAGGUGCCAUUUGUUUAUAUAUGAUUCUAUGCAAUUCAUCAAGCACCUAUUGCUGAGUUAGGUUAAAAAUGGACGACAAUAAAAAGCUGAAGUGUAUCGGUGUAGAGAUUGCCCUCCUUGCUGUUUUUAUAUCCUAAUAUAUCUUUUCUGUUUUGGAUUUUUAUAUAAACUGAAUUAUUCUAAGGACAUUUUCCUGUAGCAGGAAAAUCAUAUUUUGUGUAGCUCUACCUCUUGAUUUAGAUUCAAAGCAUAUUGUGAAAUAAUUAAACUAACGUCGAUUUUUUUUUAAGCAGCAUGAUGUUUUAUUAAAUUAAUUGUUUUUUCCCCCUGUUCUUCCGAUGAAAGAUGAACUAUGUUUCUUCUCAAUAGGGAAAUGUGUGUAAAAUAUAGAUAUACAUGCAACAUGUGAUAUAUAUAAAAUUGUACUUUAAUUUACAACGUUUGGUAACAAUGUCUACUUUUUUUUCACCGGACUCUUAGCAUUUUCUUGCUUUUGAAUUUCAAGGUGGACUAACACCUUGUAGUCUUUUGGUACAAUUAAUCAAGGUCUCACUGUUGAUCUUAAAUCAAAAUGUUUCCAUGGAUCUUUUAGCCUUUGUGUUCUGCAUGUGUUUAUAACUUUUGUGUUGGUUUUUCUUGAUGGUCCGUUUUCCUCUAAGUUAGCACCCACUCUUGAGGCGAAUAACAUGUGAUAUUCCUAAAUCUAACCAAGAAUGCAUAUCGUUGUUUUGCUUGUGCUGCACAUAAUACUUUACCGAAGUGGCUUAUCAGAGGGCGAUCUCGCGGGAUUUGGUAACAUUCUGAUGAGUGAGGAAAUCCAUGUUGCUCUCUGCCAAAUCACACCGGCCAUCACACACACUGUCCAAUACUAUAGCCCAGAGAAAUGUAUCUCUUAAUGGGAAAUCCUAUUAGAAUAGUGUACACAGAAAGAUGUACGACUCUCUUCUCAAUGUUUCUCUGUGAACACAGAGACGAGGGAUGUGUGAGUUGCAUUCCCUGAAGUGAGGCACAUCCACAGCAACAGUCACAAAGAGAAGAGAUGAAGGCACUAAUGUUAACCAUACAAAUACAUUUUGGCAUUGAGUGGACGGCAAUGUCCACAGAAAGACAAAGUGGCUAGCCUCGUAGUGCUCGGGGUGUCAAUAUAUGAUUAUUGUCUCCAGGCUACAGAAGAGGCUUCUCAUUGGUAUUACAUGGUCAUUAAAAGGGUUGUUACCGCAACGGACGAGGCUAAAGUGUGGGCAAGGCUGAGUGCAGAUUUGACCUGAGAGCUGAAAUGGAUCUCCACUAUACGUGACAUGAUGAAAAGGUUAUUUUCUUCUGUGGCUGGGUGCUGGGUGACGUAAGAGCCGCCUUCUUCCUUUUGUAAAUCAUGUACAUAUCAGCAUGUUGGCAUGCAACAAAAUGCAUCCCCCCUCUUUUUGUCCUUAGGGUUUCAUUUGGUUUAGUUCUCUUCCUCAUAUGAAUACAAUAUAGCAAAAAAUAAUUUAUACUUUCUUUCUUUGAUCAUUGUUUUAGCACUAUAUAUAUAUAUAUAUAUAUAUAUAUAUAUUUGCAUAAUUGAUAAAAUGUCGAGUUUGAGUAUGUCAUGAGCAUGGCACCCUAUAUGUUAAAUAAAAUGCAAAUUUUAGUCGACAAAAUAACUUUUAUGAAUAUUUAGAACUGGUUAAAUGAUUUAUUUUAGAAUUUAUAUUUUUCAAAUGAAUUGUAUAUUGAAAAUAAAGACAACUAUUAUGACACUCA